AUGGCUAUCGCGAAGAACUUACCAAUCUUGAAGAACCACUUCAGAAAGCACUGGCAAGAACGUGUCAGAGUUCACUUCGACCAAGCCGGUAAGAAGGUCUCUAGACGUCAAGCCAGAGCCGCCAAGGCCGCCAGAGUUGCUCCUAAGCCAUUGGACUUGUUGAGACCAGUCGUUAGAGCCCCAACUGUCAAGUACAACAGAAAGGUUAGAGCCGGUAGAGGUUUCUCUUUGGCCGAAGUUAAGGCUGCUGGUUUGACCCCAGCUUACGCUAGAACCGUCGGUAUCGCUGUCGACCACAGACGUCAAAACAGAAACACCGAAAUCUUUGAAUUGAACGUCCAAAGAUUGAAGGAAUACCAAUCUAAGCUAAUUGUCUUCCCAAGAAACGGUAAGGCCCCAGAAGCUGAACAAGUCUUGUCUGCUGCUGCCACUUUCCCAAUUGCUCAACCAGUCACUGACGUUGAAACCAGAGCUGUUGAAGACAACGGUGAAUCUGCUUACAGAACUUUGAGAUUGGCCAGAUCUGACAAGAAAUACAAGGGUAUCAGAGAAAAGAGAGCCAGAGAGAAGGCUGAAGCUGAAGCUGAAAAGAAGAAAUAA